AUGAGCGAAGCUGAUGAGUAUUUGCUCACUGGGCCGUUUCGCAUGGACCUGCCAAGUUUCAGGUCAAUCGGAGUUAGCAAACCUCUGUCGGAGACAUCAAGAAAAGGAUACCUUGCAGCUGUAUCUGCCUCCAGUUAUUCCUUUAUAUCUCUACUGAGGCAUUUUCUUCCUAUAAUAAAUCCAGGCGGUGCCACAAUCUCUCUAACGUACAUUGCUUCUGAAAGGAUUAUCCCUGGAUAUGGAGGCGGUAUGAGUUCGGCAAAAGCUGCUUUGGAGAGUGACACUAGAGUCCUGGCGUUUGAAGCUGGAAGAAAGCACAAAGUCAGAGUGAACACGAUAUCUGCAGGUCCACUGGGAAGUCGUGCAGCAAAAGCUAUUGGCUUUAUUGACAUGAUGAUAAAUUACUCAUUGGAGAAUGCUCCUUUGCAAAAGGAGUUAUAUGCCGAGGAGGUCGGGAACACUGCUGCUUUUCUGGCAUCUACUUUGGCUUCAGCAAUUACUGGUGCCACCGUGUAUGUUGACAAUGGUCUGAACGCAAUGGGAGUUGGAGUUGACAGCCCAGCUUUUUCGGGUCUCGAUAUCCCAAAGGAUAAUAAGAGUUAGAGCGCCUUAUGGUUUUGUUAUCUAUUAUAGAUUCCGCAGAUAGGUCAUUUCAUUUCGAUGAGUGAAAUUGCAUUUGUAGGAGGCAAUCUCAGCAUUGGAUAUGGUCCUCGUUAUUUAUUUAAUCCUUUUGCCGAUGUGCUAAUUAACCAUUUGCAUUCAAAUUUAAUUCAAUAUGUUCAGAAAGACUGCUCGCUAGCGGAAAGACUUGCAAUUGGAGUUUGACACUUUUAUCGCUUA